GUGGUCGGCAAAGGUCCAAAUUAUGCUUAUCGGGGCUCAAGUCGCGAAAUUGACCGAAGCCCAUAUCUCGCAUAUGCGCUGUUUGGGGCCUGAAUCUAUUGCCGUCGACAUUAAUUCUCGUAUAGAUGUAAUCAAAAUAGCUUCAGGCUAAGUUGGCGGGGUCCUGGCGAGCGCGACAUACAGCAUUUCGACUUGAGCUCUCGCUCAAAAUUAUGCCCGAGCACCAUCCAGGGACCUUAUUAUGCGUAAUGGGAUGUCAAUUCAUGGUCGGGGCGACAGUCUGGGCAUAGACCUUGCGAUCCCGCCCUUGACCCCCGGAGUGGUACCCGCGUGGCUUUACUGGACCCGCAUCUACUUAAACACAGCGCUCACUAUACUUGCCCUUGAAUAACCAUUAGCGUACCUAGUGAGGAAGCGGUUCCAAUUUGUUUCGCUUCCUUGCUCGCUGCGUAGUCGCCACAAACGGGCUUCGGGUCGAGGGGGCCCGAAAUCCCGAACUCGCACAGACUUCUGCAGCGGAGUGAGGGCUUGCGUUUUCAUAAUGUUACGCUUUGCAAUACAUACAUAGAAAGGCGCAUUAUUUGCACGACAAAUUUCGCUGCACUCGAGUUUCAAGGUUAUAACUCAAGUCAAAACUGGAAUAACCGGGAGGGCCCCCCGCGGCGAGCUCGAUGCGACCGCAAUGGCUAUUGCCCCUCCCCCUUCGGGGGAAGGGGCAAGCCAACCGGCUGACGUCUCGGAGCUCGCUGACAAUAACCCCCACGCCACACACUGGUGGCCAGCAACGACCCGGACGCGGGAAGACGGCUCUACCACCGUGCACUACAUCUCGGACCACAAUCGGGGCCUCCUGAAAACACUAGGCCUCAUCUGCCCCGCCCGGCUUGCGCUGUUCAAACUACGUCGAAAAGUGUGACCGAAAAUGCUUGAAAAAACGCAACACGCACAAGCGAACAUGACGUUGUAGAGCCGAGGCCAGUGAGCUAGCACAAGCAAAAAGAAAAGCGUGAGCAUGAGCAGCGACCGCAACUGCUACGUUACCUUUGACGAGAUAACCGCGCGCCAAGCUGCGCCACUCCGGCGUCCUAAUGCUUGUGAAUCUCAGCUGGUGUAUACGGCUGUCAGAGGCUGGGCUGGCGCAGACUGGCCGCAGACUACCAAGCGAAGGCUGCGAUGCGUUGUGAUAACGCGAACCCCAAGAGACCCACCUGGAACACAGCCAGGCAUCCGCGGUGAGCCAGGAGUAGUACGUACAUGCGAGGACAAGAGGAAAGAGAACAGCAGAAAGGAGGGUGCGGCAUGGCGAGUGUCAAAACGUUGAGGCCGGCGCAGAAAAUAAACCCGGGUGGCUGCUUAGCUGCGGCCGGGCUGACGUGAAGGCUGACUGGCUGCUGUAUAUGGUGAGCUGAGACUGGUAUGAAAGGCUGGUGCCGGCCAGGCGAGUUGGGCAUGAGGCGCUGCUGCAUGGGGACAUGACGCUCUGUAGGCCAUGGGGUAAACUGACGGGUGCGGACCGUAGUACGGUUCCCCACACCCGUCCAGGAACCGGCCCACGCACGGUGCAGCGGGGCCGGCCGGGUGGAGGAACCGGGCUGGCAGCUGGGCUGGACGUCGUGACGUUGAGCUCGACAAGAAUCUGGGCCCGGGGGGGGGGGCGGGGCGUGCUGGGGCGCUGCGGGCGUGCCGACGACGUCGGCGUGUCACAAAACCCCGAAGUCCACGUGAAAGCCAGAAGAGAUAAACGCUGUCAAGAAUAAAGCCAGCAACGUUCCAUAAAUAGUCUCAGUACAAACGAGAUUCGUGCAGGGCAUCGUGCCAACCGCGUGAAUGGUGGCUGCACCCGCAAGCGGGAGGCUGACCAGAAACAAGCCCAGCACACUCGCCUAGCCGACGCCCUGCGGGAUGCAGGCUGGGACGUAGUAUAUAAAAAGG